GGAAUACAUUGUACGAAGGAUUGUCGUAUUGAGAGGGGUCGCUGCUGAGCGGCUGCUGCUACAACAUGGUGGCUUCUUCGUCUUCUCUAAUCACCGAACUCUCCUCCCGCUUUCCUCUCACCACUCCUCUACCCACCCCUCUCACACAUCCUCACCUCAUUUCGUCCGCCGACCUAGCAACUGAAGAAGAUCUUUUAAACAAUCCGGACAAUCUCAGGUCAUGGCUCUCGUACAUUGAUCAAAUCAAGACGAGAUUAGAAAAGACUGUCCCGGAGAGGUCGGAUUCCCCCUCGCCUGAAGAGCGACUCCUCGGACCGUUGGCGUCGCAUGCCGCUCGAGAGGGUUUACAGCAUCUCGUCUGCAUCUACGAGCGAGCUUUAGCCAUCUUCCCGACAAGCUUCAAGUUAUGGAAAUCGUACAUCCUCAUGAGGCAGAGUUAUGUCCUUGGGGAGUUGACCGAAGGUGCCAAAAAGGCUAGAGCGGAGCAGAUCAAACGUGGUGCAGCUUGGAAGACCAACGUGACGGAUCAAAUUGAUGGCGCGGAGUCGGCGAACGAGUGGAAGAAUGGUCUGGACGGAGUGAUGGGAUUCGAAGAAUGGAAGAGCUUGUUUGCGACUGGAGAAAGGAUGCUAGGAUGGUUGUCUCAUCUGCCAGUACCGUGGUUGAUCCAUUUAUCCAUGGUGUUUCAUCCGGAAUGUCCUUCAGCUUUCAAGAGGACUUAUGCGAGGAAGGCAUUCGACAGAGCUCUUAGGACGUUGCCGCCGAGUUUACACGGAAGGAUAUGGGGCAUGUAUCUCAAGUGGGCAGAGCUUGUCGGCGGAGAGAUUGGUGAAAGAGUGUGGAGAAGGUUCCUCAAGGUCGAUUCGUCCCUGACUGAGCGACACAUCACCUAUCUCCUCGAAUCUGAGCCACCUCAACCUCUUGUUGCGGCCAAAUACUUAUUGUCUAUCGCUCGCAGAGCAGCUAGGAACCUCUAUUACGCUGCCGAUGGUAAAUCACCGUAUCAGCUAUUUGUCGAUUUUCUGGAACUAGUGGAAAACAACGCUGAGGACGUUGGAAUGGACGAGGAGCAGACGCUGGCUUUACGUGAAUCGCAAGCAUCUGCGAACGGUCAUGCGGCAAAGGACGCCGGGCAAGACGGUGAUGCAGAGGAUGGAGCACCCAAGAGCACAGCUAUCGAACCGGCUAGUGUAGACGGCCGGCUUAUGCGUAUAGCGGGACCGCCAGUGCCCCUUGCGGACCAGCCAGCUCCAGACAUGCGACCAUUGGACCAGAAGAAGGCUGGAAAGUCUGCAGCGGAACCCGAGACCGAGGUUUACGAUGAAGACACCGAUCCAUCCAGCUCUCGAUUGCUUGAUGUGGAGGGUAUCGUCCAUAAGGACGGACUACAUGUGUACAAGGAUCAAGCUGGAAGGUUAUGGACCGGUCUGGCUACGUAUUGGAUCAAGCGUGGAGAGUUCGAACGUGCCAGUGCGACAUUUGAGAAGGGUCUCGCCGCCGUCGUCACUAUCAGAGAUUUCACCCAAAUCUUUGAUGCCUACGCCGAAUUUUCGGAGACCAUGAUUUCGACCUUGAUGGACGCCGUCGCCGACGAGGAUAAUCUAGCGGAUGAAGAGUUCGACCUGGAGGAGACAGAAGCGGAGCUUGACACGCGUAUGAAAGACUUUGAGGAGCUCAUGGACAGGAGACCGUUUUUGGUGAACGAGGUUUUAUUACGGCGGAAUCCGAACGAGGUCGUCGAAUGGGAGAAACGAGUGGCAUUAUGGGCAGACAAUGAUGAAAAGGUGGUCGAGACGUAUCUCAAAGCUCUUGAGACUAUCGCCCCGAGGAAGGCUACCGGCCCAUUGUAUCCUCUCUACGUCAAUUUCGCCAAAUUCUACGAAGAAGGAGGAUCAAAAGACGAAAAUGGAGAACCGAGGAACGAACCAGAUCUCGAGCAAGCCAGACAGAUAUAUGAAAAGGGUACGAAGGUGCCCUUCAAAUCAGUUGAUGAGCUGGCGGAAGUGUGGUGCGAAUGGGCAGAGAUGGAGCUGAGGAAUGAAAACUAUGACGAAGCUGUCCGCUUGAUGCAGCGAGCGACGACCAUACCAAAGAACACAAAGAUCGAUUACUAUGAUGAUAGUCUAUCUCCGCAGCAACGUCUCUUCAAAUCACUCAAGAUCUGGUCAUUCUACAGCGACCUGGAGGAAUCCAUCGGUACUGUCGAAUCUACAAAAGCUGUUUAUGACAAGAUCAUGGAGUUGAAGAUCGCCAAUGCUCAGACUAUUGUGAAUUAUGCCGCAUUCCUGGAAGAGAACAAGUACUUUGAGGAGAGCUUCAAGGUGUAUGAGCGUGGGAUUGAAGUCUUUCAUUUCCCGAUUGCCUUUGAGAUAUGGAAUAUUUACCUGUCCAAAUUCGUCAAGCGAUACGGAGGCAAAAAGCUGGAACGUGCGCGUGACUUGUGCGAGCAGGCUUUGGAGAAUUGUCCUCCGAAGUUCUGCAAACCGCUAUACCUUAUGUACGCCAAGUUGGAGGAAGACCACGGACUCGCCAAACGUGCCAUGGGAAUCUACGAUCGCGCGGCGUCGACCGUUCAGGACUCGGACAAAUUCGAAAUGUACACCAUCUACAUUGCUAAAGCGACUGCCAACUUUGGUCUACCUGCCACCAGACCGAUCUACGAACGAGCGAUCGAGAGUCUCCCAGAUAGGGAGACGGCUCUGAUGUGUCGUCGAUUCGCGGCCAUGGAGAGGAAGCUUGGUGAGAUUGACCGAGCAAGAGCGGUUUACGCCCACGCCAGUCAAUUCUGUGAUCCGAGAGUCCACCCAGACUUCUGGGAGGAAUGGAACAACUUUGAGAUUGACACUGGAUCCGAAGAAACGUUCCGAGAGAUGUUACGGAUCAAACGAGCCGUUCAAGCUUCCUUCAACACUGAAGCUUCUUUCGUGGCGGCACAAGCGGCAGCAGCGGCCAAGGGCACGGAAAAGCCUACUGAUCAGGCUGAUCAAGCUGCAAGAGACGCAGCGGAUCCCAUGGCAGCUAUGGAACGCAACAUGCCUGCCUCUAGCAAAGCUGCACCGGCACCAGGCAAGAAGGGACCUAGCUUUGUGGCUAGUACCUUGACCAAUGGGAACAUUGAAGCGAGUAAUGUCGAAGUGGAUAUGGGAGAGGGUGGUGCCAAUCCAGAUGCCAUCGCCAUGGAUGAUGACGAAUUCUGAAGCACUGUCUUAGGAGGGAGAGGAAUGAAGCAUGCUUGCUGCAAGUUCAUAUAGCCCUUACACAGUCAUGCAUUGGGAGAGCGGCAACACUCACCGGAG